AUGGGAGGAAAGAAGAGCAAGAGGAAGCCGGUGGCGCCGAAGAAGCCCACCCAGCCGCUGGACGUCCUCUUCAACUGUCCCUUCUGCAACCACGAGAAGAGCUGCGAGGUGAAGCUGGAUCGGCCUCGGAACGCCGGCCACAUCUUCUGUCGGAUCUGCCUGGAGGACUUCAAGACGACCAUCAACUACCUGUCGGAGGCGAUUGACGUCUACACCGAGUGGAUUGACGCCUGUGAGAAUGCCAAUGACUAG